AUGACAGGGCGCAGCCGUGUGUUUGCCAUGCGGCACGUCGUGGGUGUGUCUCCCGUACUGGUGCAGAGGGACCUCUUUCUGACCAGGACUCUCUGCAGCCACGGCCCCAGCCAGCCCAGAGAGAAGAGGCCCGAGGAGGUAGCCCUGGGGCUGUACCACCGUCUCACCGCACUAGGAACAGCCCUGGGCCACAGCAUUCGGCAGCGGGCGUCCUCCACGGCCAAGACUUGGUGGGACAGAUAUGAAGAGUUUGUGGGACUCAAUGAGGUUCGAGAGGCCCAGGGAAACGUCACUGAGGCAGAAAAAGUGUUCAUGGUGGCUCGAGGGCUUGUCCGGGAGGCUCGCGAGGACUUGGAAGGUCAGCAGACCAAGCUGAAGGAGGUGAGGGACCGCCUGGACCGCAUCUCCAGAGACGAUAACCAGUACCUGGAGCUGGCCACUCUGGAGCACAGGAUGCUGCAGGAGGAGAAGCGGCUUCGUAUAACCUACCUGCGCGCGGAAGACUCUGAGCGAGAGAAGUUCUCCCUCUUCUCUGCAGCUGUGCGGGAAAGCCAUGAGAAGGAGCGCACUCGGGCGGAGAGGACCAAGAACUGGUCACUCAUCGGGUCAGUCCUGGGGGCCUUGAUCGGUGUGGCUGGAUCAACCUAUGUGAACCGCGUGCGGCUCCAGGAGUUGAAGGCUUUGCUCCUGGAGGCCCAGAAGGGGCCUGUGAGCCUCCAGGAAGCCAUCCGUGAACAGGCAUCCAGCUACUCGCUCCAGCAGAGGGACCUCCGUGACCUCGUGGCAGACCUGAAGGGCCUGGUGCAAGCUGGGACCACGCAGAGCUCUUUUUCCCAGGCAGGUUCUUCCCCAACCCGAGACAGAGACACAGAUGUCCUUUCAGCUGCCAUGAGAGAGCAGCUUAGCCAUUCUAGGCAGGUCCGUUCACGUCUAGAGGGUUUACGAGAGCAGCUUGAUGGCCUGGAAAAGACCAUGAGCCAAGUGGCUGGGGUGGUUCAGCUCGCAAAGGCUGCAGCACACCCGGGCCUGGUGGAGUCUGCAGACGGGGCUCUGCCUGCUUCCCUGCUGGAACAGGGGAGUGUGAUCAUGGCGCUGUCGGACACGGAGCAGAGGCUGGAAGCCCAGGUCAAUAGGAACACCGUCUAUGGCACGCUGGUCACCUGCGCGACGUUUGUGGCCAUCCUGCCUGUACUUUAUAUGCUGUUCAGGGCCAGCUAG